UAGUCAAUCUCCACUCAGAUCCCAAGUACAUCUCUCAAUCGCCAUAUUGGGUACUGAGGUUCGUCCACAGUUCCUCUCACUACGGGAUCAGACUGACAGAGAGGCUUCAGUUCCUGGGCACUUUAUUUUGAUGAACCGUGGAGACUACUUUCGGCUUGAAAACACCGCGACCGUUACCGUUUCCAGCCCGACGAAUGCAUGGUAUAAGUCGUUUUACGCUUGUUUUGGAGCCUGUUCAACCUACGAGGAGAUACCCGUUGUUUUUGAGUGUGUUGUGAAAACUGUACGGCUAUUUGUUAAAAAAAAAAAUAGUCUUUCUUUUGGGGGAAAAUGUCAGAUGUUCGACUAUCAAACGGGAGCCCGACGCUGGAGCGGACGGACUCCCGGGUGUCGGAUCACCCGAAACCGUCCGCCUGCAGAAGCCUCUUCGGCUCGCUGGAUCACGAAGAGUUAAAGAGGGAUUUAAAGGGACACUUGCGGGAGAUGGAAGAGGCUGCCACCGCCAAGUGGGGCUUCGACUUCUCUAAUCACACGCCGCUGUCUCACGGCAGGCUUGAGUGGGAGGUAGUGGAUAGCAGAGACGUGCCGAGUUUCUACAACCGGCAGCCGCGGAGGGAGAAGAGCGUCUGCUCCGCCGGGAAUAAUGUGGAUCUAAACGGGAACCAUCACUGUGUUGUGGUGCCCGAAGACACGGACAGGGCGGACGGGCAGAUGGAGUGCACGGAGCAGUGCACCGGGCUGAGGAAAAGACCUGCAUGCCACGAGCCCUCGGCCCAGAAUAAGAGGUCACACAGCAGCUCAGAGGAGGUUACUUGUCCAAGUCUGAGCCACUCGACAGAAAAAACACCCAGAAAAACCAGUCCCAAGAGGCAAACGUGAAGACCAGAAACGAGCCGAAGAUGUAUUUCCCCUUUGACGUGGGAAACCUCAGUGUUGGCCGACUUUGGAAGAGGAACUACACAGCAUCAGAAACAUAUCAGCUCUCCAGAAGACGGGGGAGGACGCUGUUGAAGCACUGAAUAGAAACACUAAAGUUGUGGCACUCAAUUAAAAAAAAGUUACUGCCUCUAAAAGCAGUCAAUGUAGCAGUGUGCAAUUAGGUUUGAUUUCCUUUUUUGCUCCUUUUUUUUUUACUACCUGUGUGUAAAUAAAUAUACAUAUUAUAUUAUAUUUCUCUCCAUAUGUAGCACAUACGAAAACAUUAUGAUUUGAACACAAAUCCUUUAUGUAAAAAGGUGUGAAUUUUGAUUUGACUUGAAGAAUUGCAGUGUAGUUUGAUAACGUGUUUCCAAAAUGCUGUUAUAUUUUUUUUGUUAUUUUAUUUUCUGAAAAGCAGUGUGACUUGGACAAAGUCCCUAAUUGCUACAACUUAAAGAAAAUCAUGGAUUCUUAUCAGUGUAUCUUCACUCCGUCAUCUUCCUAACUCAGCUGUGAAGAACGGUACAAAUGUAGCUCAUUGUUUUGUAUGUGUCCUCACUCUUCAGUGUCACGUAGUGCAGAGUCUCAUAGUAUCCAUUUCCCCUGGAAAACAACACAGGAAAAAAAAUGUACCGUGUCUUAGGACUUCCUUAUGAUCACCCCAUUAUUUAUUUUGUGAACGGUGCUUUUAGCAUCAGUUAAAUCCUGGAAUAUGACCUGUUUCUCUCCUGCACACCUCAGCCACAUUGUAAUGGUGUUUGAUUUAUUGAGGUACUCGGAUAUUGAAGGACAAAGACCGUACCGAGAGGAUGACUUUACAA